UUUCUCUGUAUCUCUAUAUCCGCCAUUGAUUUCCAUUAUACCUUUACGAUCUCUGUAAGUAAUCAAUCCAUCACACUCAAUCUCAUUAUUAUUAUUCAAAUUCAAUGUGAUCCAUCACAUCUUUUUCACAUUGUUUUUGAAUCUUUGAUCUCAAAACCCUAAUUUUAUCCGCAUUUAAUUAGGGACUUUUCACACUCUCUCACACGCACACACACAAAUAUAUAGAUACAGAUAUAUAUAUAGAAAGAGAGAGAGAAAAGAAAAAAAGGAAAUGCCAAGCGUUGCUGUGAAAUUAUACAGUGUAUUUUUCAAAUUAAUAUUAAAAAGACGUUUACAAAACCGAAUUCACAACCCUAAUAAUAAUAAUUCAUUAAAUGAUAAUAAUAUUAAUAAUGCUAGUUCUACUUCAUUUGGGGUGACGUCACGCCCUGAAGAAUCUAUAACUCCUUCAAAUCCUGUAUUUACAGAUGGUAUAGCUACAAAAGAUAUACAUAUAGAUCCGUCGUCUGCGCUUUGUAUUCGUAUCUUUUUGCCCGAAACGUGUCUUGUUUCCACUGAUUCUGAUAAUAAACAUAAUAACCCUAUUAAGACUAAUAGAUCUGAAUCUUUUAACGGUAUUCCUAGGCGUAAUAGUUACGGCUCAGGCGGUGAUUAUACGUAUAAUGGUAGUAGUACUAAUGGUCAAAGUGAUCGAAGGAGUAGUUAUUGUAACGGGUUUGGGAGUACGUGUGAUUUGAAUGUGAAGUCGGGGGGUGGGAAUAAUGGUAAUGGGGUUGUUUAUAGAGGGUAUUCGCCGUUUAUGAAUAAAUGUAGGAAAUUGCCGUUGAUGGUACAGUUUCAUGGCGGUGGGUUUGUGGCAGGGAGUUGUGAUUCUGUCGCGAAUGAUUUCUUUUGUAGGAGGAUUGCGAAAGUUUGUGAUGUGAUUGUUGUGGCGGUUGGGUAUAGGCUUGCGCCUGAGAAUAAGUAUCCGGCUGCGUUUGAGGAUGGGUUGAAAGUGUUGCAUUGGUUGGCUAAGCAAGCAAAUUUGGCUGAGUGUGGGAAGUCGUUUGGGAAGAAGGUGGAUUCGAGAAAGAGUGAGGUUCAUGGGCAUAUUGCUGAUGCUUUUGGGGCUUCUUUGGUUGAGCCGUGGUUAGCUGCUCAUGGAGAUCCAUCCAGAUGCGUCCUUCUCGGAGUGAGUUGUGGUGCAAACAUUGCUGAUUAUGUAGCUCGCAAAUCAGUCGAAUCUGGUACACUAUUGGAUCCAGUUAAGGUGGUGGCGCAAGUGUUAAUGUAUCCAUUCUUCAUUGGAAGUACUCCCACACAUUCUGAGAUAAAGCUAUCAAACUCUUAUUUCUUUGACAAAUCUAUGAGCAUACUUGCAUGGAAACUCUUCCUGCCAGAAGAUGAGUUUGACCUAGACCACCCUGCAGCCAACCCCCUCACUCCCAACAGAAGCGGUCCACCUCUGAAGCGGAUGCCCCCUACAUUGACGGUUGUGGCAGAACAUGAUUGGAUGCGGGAUCGUGCUAUUGCUUAUGCCCAGGAGCUAAAAAAGGUGAAUGUUGAUGCACCAGUUCUGGAUUACAAGGACUGUGUACAUGAAUUUGCCACUCUUGAUGUGUUACUUAGGACACCUGAAGCACAAGCAUGUGCAGAAGACAUAUCCAUAUGGGUAAAGAAGUAUAUCUCACUUAGAGGUCACGAGUUCUCAUAUUAGCAAAUGCAAUUUUAUACUACAUAGAAGCGUGCAUUGGCCGGCUAUCUUUGAUGUUUUAUAAGAGGUGGGGGAUAUAUAUCGAGUAUUACAGAAAGAUCUCCUUCAGGUUUUGUUCUGCUUUUUGUAUCAUAAACGAUUAUGCUAGAGUAUAGUUGAGUUACGAGAUACCCAUGUUGAUUGAUCCCCUGUGCUUAGUUGUGGACAUAUUUGCUCAUUGCUUUGUACCAAUGUUGUAACAUUUGUACUGAUGGAUUAUAUUAAUUGAAUCUUUCAGCUUGUAUUUA